AUGGCGCUCAAACGAAAGGGAGAUUCUUCUGAAAUCCCGAGCAUGUCGGGAGAUUCAGAAGCCGUUUUACAUGCGUCCGUUGCCCGCGAAAUGCUCUUCGAUAAGAUCCUUGACCAGCUCGCCGCCAGCAGCCUCUUCAGCAACCCCACUUUUGCACCUACCAUCUUCAUCGUUUAUGCGCAUGACAACGAAAAAGAGGGAACCGCCUAUGAUGGAUGUGUUCGGAAGAUGAUAUCAUGGUUGAAAAAGAUCCAUGCUCAAAUACUGUCAGAUCAAUCGGCGCUCCCUCUUCUCCAACCCAGAAUCGAGGGCACUGACGCCAUCCGCAACAUUCUUGCCAACCAACUCUGCCUGCUCCCACCGAGAACUGACGAUGCUGGAUUGCCGGCAAUGACUAGCGUUAGUAAGGUCAUUGUAUGCGGCUCAGAGGUCCUUGAACGAUACUAUAACAACCCGGCCGCCUUGUCUUAUAUCGGAGACAUCGUCGAGCUUUGCAAUACUGGAGCUGAUCAGUCAACGAUGGCGCUAAUCCGAGAUCGCGUCGAGACUGAGAGUCGAAAAGACGACUUUCACCAUGUCCUCACGGAGCUCGCGUUCCUAGAAGUCAGGACAUCUCGCGUUUCUGAGAUACAUGGCAUGGUGCCUGUUGUAUUGAACCAAAUCAACGCAGACGAAGCUCCUAUGCAAUACCUGCCGAGUUUCUACAACACAGAUGUCAAACUCAAGUUGAAGUCUCCUGAGACAAGUUCACUACAUAAGCUUUUCUUCAAGCUACUCGAACAGCUCUUCCCAGACGACAGAGACUUCAUCAAACCUUUCAGAGACUGCUACGACUCGGUUUGCAGCAAGCUUCAGCUGGAUGGCGAGGCGCCUGCGCGCCGGAGAGAAUUUGACAACAUCGUCAGUCUGCGUGUUACAGAAGCGUAUCAAACCUUUUGGAGCCUCUUUUGCGUUGUUUUGAGAGACGGAAAGCUCCAGGCGUAUGCCGGCAAACUCAGCGGCCAAGUGUCUCAAGUCCUUGAAAUGACAAGCUUGUCGGCACAGCACCAGAUCCUAAAGUGGCUGUCCCCUAUUGCAGCUCCAGAGCAACACGGAAAAUACCAUGAUUCGGGGACAAGCCGUAUGCAAGGCACCUGCGACUGGGUAAUCCAGGACGAGAAAUUUUGUCGAUGGUACGCUCACAAGGGCUCUGCACUUCUUUUCCUUUGUGGCAACAUGGGUACAGGAAAAACUCAUUCUACAUCGAGAGUUGUCGAUUGGGUGGAGCAGGGUCUUUCAACAAAUAGCAACGAUGAAGCCUUCGCCUACUUCUAUUGCAACAAGCAAGACCCAGCGCGCCGCGAGUCGAAAGAGAUCUUGCGGAACAUCAUACGGCAAUUGGCCACCGGACCAUGGAAGGCAGCUGAGAAAAGUGGGACCAUCCACAAAACGGUGUACAAUUUGUGGAAGAAAAGCCAAGGGCAGGGAAUAAGCUCGACCUUUGCUCAAUGGGAAGCAUGUCUGCUGGCGCUGAUUGACACAUAUCCUAGGACCACUAUCGUGCUUGACGCCCUUGACGAGUGUGAAAAGGAACAACGACGGGACUUGAUCAACCUUUUGGUCACACUAGCAACGAGACACUCAAAGGACCAGCCGGUCAAAAUAUUUGUGUCGACGAGACCCGAGAAAGAUAUGCUCCGACACUUCGACAAAUACCCCGCUAUUCGCAUGCAAGAAAAGCACAACACGGACGACAUAGCAAUCUUUGUGCGGACUCAAAUUGCAGAACACCACAGAUGGUCUAAGAUGUCCGAACAGUUCCGGACCGAUGUUAUCGACACGCUUCUGGAGAAAAGCGGGGAUAUGUUCCUAUUCGCAUCACUUCAAAUGGAGCACUUACUGCUUUGCAAAACUGAACCUGCGCUCAAAGCUCGCCUCGCGAAACUUCCAGACUCUUUGGAGAAGACUUACGAAGAGAUAUAUCAAAGGGCAGCAUCGGAUCCUGAUGAGAGGAAUCUUUUGGACCGAGCGGUCCGGUGGGUUAUGUGCUCGGCAAGGCCUCUGACUACCGAUGAGUUGGUGCUUGCCAUCUCCCAGGACUCAGAUUCCGAUGAAGUAAUGCCACAGCGCCAAGAUGUGGAUGAAGAACUGAUUCUGGAGUUGUGUCAUAACCUUUUGUGCCUUGACGUUCUUGACGUCAGCCACGAUGGUAGCAUCGACGACAGGCUCAAUGACGACGAAGGGAAGAGCCAGCCGGUGUGGCGGCUAGCACAUCAAGCGGUGGCAGAAUUCUUUGAAGGCAGCAUCUGCUGCAAUUAUGAUCUUGCUCACUUUGAAGUUGGGAAGGUGUGCCUGAUGGUCCUGCUCGAUACCUUCGGCAGGGAGUCUGCUCGGUCGCGAGAUGGCCCCGAUGACGUUUCUGAAACUAGCGAGGGCUAUGUGUGCCCUUGCAGGAAAACCUCAACCCCAGUGACAGAUCCUUAUAUGGCAAACGACCAUUUGGAAAUGAAAAACUCUCUUGCGGAAUAUGCAAUCUAUGCCUGGCCGACGCAUGUGCGCGCACAAGAGCACCGUCAGGCCCAUAGCAUUGCUAGGCUGUCCCAGAUACUACAGCAGUUCCUGGGUGAACCAGAAGAGAGCAGCCUGAUCUAUGACAGAUGGCUCGAGCAUACAUUCCAUAGACAUUCGCUCAAAUCUUGGUCUAUUUUCUCGUGGCCAAUGAUGCCCCCCACCUGGGAAGGGGAGCCUAAGAUGAACCCCAUCAGCUUGGCAUGUUACCUGGGCUUUUACACUACUUUGACGAAGUGGUGGGAUCUUUUCAAUUUUGACGAAAACGGUGGUUUUUCGGUCACCACCCCAUAUGAGUGGCAGCCAAUUCGGACUAUCCCCUCUUCGUGUCUGUUUCGACCACUGAAGCUGUCGCUCGUGGCGCUGGCUUGUAUCCACGAUGAGGUGAAGAUUCUUCAGCGUCUUUUGGAUCGAGGGGCCCAUGUCAACACUAUUGAAGAAUACGAGCUGCCCCCAAUCGUUGUCACGGCAGGGAACGACUCGGUAAAUUCACUGGAGGAGUUGCUUCGACGUCGCACUGAAAUGUGCUCACCAUUCACGAGACGAUACGGACACGUUGUGCAUUUCGCCAUCUACAGCAACUCGUUAAAGGUUUUGGAACUGCUGCUGGACCGAUUUGUUGCGGGGCCGGGGGAGGUGGAAGAGACUUUGAAGGAAUUCCGAUGGACGGCUUCUAUGUCGGCAGACACGAUCACAAUGCUCCUUGACAAGGGCAUGGACGCGAAUGUGCGUCUUGGAGAGGGAUCUCUGCUGGCAGCGGCGGUAGUUACAGGGGCCGAGGACCUGGUCCGCCGGCUACUGGCAAAUGGCGCGGAUGUGAACGCCCAGUGGGAGGUCUUGGGAUUCAGAAAUGCUCUCGAAGCUUCCUUAUCUCGGCACCGCGGUCCGUCCUGGCCCUGGGAUCCGGCAAUAACCUAUGUACUGAUCGAGCAAGGGGCGUGUGUCACCGCACGAACCGUCUCAUUGGUGUGUCGGUGGUCAGAACACCUGCAGCCGGGUCACCAUUCCCAGAGUAGGAAAGAAGAGGUCCUACAGCUACUUUUGGGGCAUACCCCAGACUUGAGUGAGAUAUGGACAGAUCAAUUCGGCAGCAACACCACUGCCUUGAUUGAGAUAGUCAAGUCCGGCGAGGUGCGUGAAGUGCGGUUUUUGAUCAAACAUGGCGCCGAUGUGAACCAGCAGGUGGGAGGAGUAUACGGUGAUGCGUUAAACACUGCAGUCUGGGCCACUUUCGAAAGCGCAAAAAAUCCGGAUUAUCGGUAUCCGACUGCCGCUGUGUUCGAGGCGCUUGUUGAGGAAGGCGCCAGCCUCGAGACCCUGGAGGGUGACCGCCUCAACACCGCACUCGUAGCUGCUGCGCUGGCUGGUUCGGAGGACAUGGUGCAGCUUUUUCUCGACCACGGCGCAAAUCCAAAUGCGUUUUGCAAAUAUAAAUGGGCCACCGCACUCAGCGCGGCUGCACAGUCAUGGCACCCCCGAGCACCGGACGUGGUUCGUACUCUUCUGGACGGCGGCGCUGACGUCAACGCCUACUUUCCGGAGUCCAUCAAUAACGAUUAUAAGCUUGCACUUGAUUAUCCUCUGCAUCAGAUACUUCAACUAUUACUUAUGCAUCAGUAUAAGAAAUGGGACUCUUGGCUUCAGUUGGCCUCCGUUCUCCUGUCAAACGGCGCCAUCUGGGACAUUGACUUCGCACAAUGGAGGGAAUGCCUCAAACUACGAGCAUCCGAGUUCGAACGGCGGCAUGCCCAGUCUCUGGACCAAUCAAUGCAGAUGCUGAAGAGGAACAGAACCAGCUUCUUCCUGAAGCACCCAGCGGCAGCAUCUGACGAAAGCUGGAGGUUCAAAGGCAUCGAGGACCCAAGUUCAAACACGAGAAGUAUCUUGAGGGUAAUGCGGUUUCUAUCCGAGUUCAUCCAUGUAAAAUAA